AUGCCCAUUGGGGUCGCUCAAUAUCUGGUUAAGCUAGAGGAAGCCCGUAAAUUAGCUACCGAAUUAGCUGAAGUGCGACAUCUGUACGAAGUGACUAGUGCCGAUCUGGAUCAGCUGAACGCUGCGUAUCAGAGUUCGGAGAUGCAGAGAAAAGAAGCCGAAGUUCGGUCGCGCAGGCUGGAAUCAGAGUUGAAUGAUCUGCGAGAUGAAGUGGCACAUGAGCGUGAAUCACGCGCUCACUGGGAACGUGCCGCACAGAAUGCCGAUCGAUUACAUGAACGGCUCAAUCGUGCACGCGAGGAGCUGAAAUCUCUAUCAUUUGUGCAGGCCGAAAACCGAGAACUGCAUCGUGAGCUGUCAGAAUUACGUCCGAAGGUAAAACGAUUUGAAGAACUGUGGCCUCUAUUGAACCGUUUACAACUGGUCGAGCGACAGGCAAGUAGAUGGAAAGAAAGUUUGUCUAUCGCGGAAGAAAAAGUAUGUCAGUUAUUCACAUUUCAUUUGCCAUUAAAUUUGUGA